GAGGCGCCGCCGGGGCGCCGGGUGGCGGCGGGCGGCGCGGGCGGCCCGAUGGUGCGGGUGGCGGCGCGGCGGGAGGAUGAGCUCGGCCCGGGAGCGCGCCGCCGAGCUGGCCCGCUUCUACACCGUCACCGACGCGCAGCGGCACCCGCGGGGCCACACGGUGUAUAAGGUCACGGCCCGGGUUGUUUCACGAAGAAACCCAGAGGAUGUCCAGGAGAUAAUUGUAUGGAAGAGAUACAGUGACUUUAAGAAACUACACAAAGAGUUGUGGCAAAUUCAUAAAAACUUGUUUCGACAUUCAGAAUUAUUCCCUCCUUUCGCUAAAGGAAAAGUAUUUGGCCGGUUUGAUGCGACGGUCAUCGAGGAGAGAAGACAGUGUGCUGAGGAUCUCCUGCAGUUCUCGGCCAACAUCCCCGCGCUCUAUAACAGUCGGCAGCUGACAGAGUUCUUCAAGGGCGGGGUGAUUCAUGAUGGCUCUGAGUUGAUCGGUCCCUCGGAUGCUUGCCUGGACUCCCUGACUGACAGUUUUGCUGAGUGCAGCACGGAAGGUUUCUCCAGCGACAGUGACCUGCUGUCCCUCACAGUCGAUGCCGACUCCCUGGCCGAGACAGAUGAUGGAAUGGCUUCCGGUCAGAACUCUCCCAGGAGAACGCCAGGGCCCCAUCUUCCCAUGGAGUCCGCAGGGCUGGGGCCUGUGGCUGCUGACAGUGAACACGGCAGAGUGGAAGAGGAGCGGGUGACUCGGAGCCUCUUUCCUGGAAGCUUCAGGCCCAGACUUGGCAGGAGAGAUUACUUGGACAGAGCGGGAGAAUUCAUAAAGCUGGCUCUGAGGAAGGAGGAGGACGAGGACUAUGAGGCCGCUUCCUGCCUCUACAGGAAGGGGGUGGAUUCGCUGCUAGAAGGGGUUCAAGGAGAGUCCAGCCCGACACGCCGGGAAGCUGUCAAGAGGAGAACAGCUGAGUACCUCCUGCGGGCCGAGAGUCUCUCCAGCCUGCGCAGGAAGGCGCCCCCCGGUGGCCCGAGCCUGGCGCCUCCUCCAGGAUCAGUGAGUUCAAGGCCCGCUGGGAGCCCGAGGAGCCCUGCUGAGGAGCUGAAGGCCUUCCGAGUCCUUGGGGUGAUUGACAAGGUCUUACUGGUAAUGGACACAAGGACAGGACAGACGUUCAUCUUAAAAGGCCUGAGGAAGAGCAGCGCGGGCAGCGGAGGCAGAAGGACCAUCAUCCCCCGCCGUGUGCCCCACAUGGUGCGUCUGCACAAGUACAUUGUGUCCGACGAAUCUGUGUUCCUGGUGCUGCAGCAUGCUGAAGGUGGCAAACUCUGGUCGUAUAUCGGUAGAUUUCUCAGCAGGAGCCCCGAGAAUACCCUGGCGGCAGAGGCCGCAGGAGCACACAGCCUGAGGCAAGUCCCUGAACAGCUGCCCGUGUCCAGCCCUCAGGCCGCUGGGAGGCCCCUGGGAGCCUUGGCUCUGCCACUGCCACUGCGGACCAGCCUCCAGCCCAGCUCUCAAGAGGGGAGCCAACUGGACGAGGAGGAGGAGGAGGAGGAGGAGGAGGAGGAGGAGGAGGAGGAGCCCGAGGAGGAGGAGGACGGCCAAGCGAGCUCCCCCCGGUGGUCGGGGUCAGGCUCGAGUUCUGAGGAGGGCUGCACGUCCAGCUACUCCACGCUGUGCAAAGAGUACGGGCAGGAGAAGGUUGAGCCCGGGGCCCUGAGCGAGGAACCUCUGGGAAGGCCCGAGGAUGGCCGGCCCACCCCACCUACUGCUGAGAGCCCGCCCCGGGCCUCGGUGUGCGGGCUCCGUCCUCCAGACAGCGACCUGGAAGUGGCCUCCUCAGCAGCCUCCCGGGGCAGCCCCCUGGACUUCUUCCGGAUCGACAGCAAGGACAGCGCCAGUGACCUCCUGGGGCUGGAGUUGGCGGAGAGUCCUGGUUACCUGCCGUCCCCCGCCACACGCCCUGGUGGGCACGAGGUUGACUCUGUGCCUGUCAUUUCUUUCAAAGACGCUGCAUUGGACGCCAACCCUGCAGCUGAGGAGGGAAGGCCCGACCUCCUGGUCAAUCUGCCGGCUGGACCGCAGGCAACCAGGGUGGAGGCCAUGGGCCCUGCCCCCUGCUCGAUGCCACCUCCGGGCCUGGGGGACAGCCGACUCCUGGAAGCCCCUGACGUACUGUGCCUUGGCCUCAGCCCCGAGCCCAGUGGAGAGUUCGAGGAAUGGGCCGCCGAGGAGGGAGGUAACCCCUCCAGGCCCCAGUCCCAGUGGAGGACAGAGAUCCCCCUGGCCAUGGGGGGCGUCCUUGCUGGAACUGUUGAUAGUGACCAGAAGCUCGGAGAGGAGGGUUCUGCACGGGGUCCCAGCGGUGCAGAAGGAAGUGGUGGUCAGGCCCCCAGCUGCCCAGCUGACCCUGCUGGACACCAGGCAGGCCCGGGCCCUUUCCAGGCAGAAGAGGUCCUGCUGUUUGCGGAGCACACGCCCGGCGACAAGGCCUUCGGAAGUCUGGGCCUGUCCCCACGAGGCCCGGAGACCGCGGCAGAGAGCUGGACAGCCCUGGCUGAAGAUGGGGAGAUACACCAGGUUUUUGAGGCCCUGGAUAAGCAACUCGCCCUUCACGCCAGGUUCUCCAUCCCGGAGGGCUGUGUGCAGCGCUGGGCAGCCGAGAUGGUGGUGGCGCUCGAUGCCUUGCACCGGGAAGGGAUUGUGUGCCGCGAUCUGAACCCAAACAACAUCUUAUUGAAUGAUAGAGGACACAUUCAGCUAACGUAUUUCAGCAGGUGGAGCGAGGUUGAAGAUCCCUGUGACAGCGACGCCGUGGAGAGGCUGUACUGCGCCCCAGAGGUUGGAGCCAUCACCGAGGAGACGGAGGCCUGUGACUGGUGGAGUCUGGGAGCCAUGCUUUUCGAACUUCUCACAGGCAAGACCCUGCUCGAGUGCCACCCGGCGGGGAUCAGCUCACACACAACGGUGGACGUGCCUGGCUGCGUGUCGGAAGAGGCGCGCUCCCUCGUCCAGCAGCUCUUGCAGUUCAACCCUGUGGAGCGUCUCGGUGCUGGAGUCGCUGGGGUCGAAGACAUCAAGUCGCACCCGUUUUUCACCCCUGUGGACUGGGCAGCGCUGAUGGGGUAAGCUCCCUCCGCUCUGCCCACGGGUCAGGCUGUGCAGCGAGAGCCACUCCACAAACCAGAGCCCGGAGAGGAAGCAGGCGAACACAGCAGGACGGAAGAGUCGGUGGGUGACGCAGAGGGACAGCCACGUGCACCAGGGCUGUGCGAGCGAGGCCUGCGUCUUCUCAGUGCAGUGCUGUUGGAGCUGAGUCAUCACGAGGAAGUCCCUUCCAGAACCUUCCAGACAUGCAGCUCUGGGCAGUGUUCCCCAGCACGGCCAGGGCUCCCUGCUUGCCCCCACUGGGCCCUCCAGUUAGGCGAGCGCUUUCUGGGGUGCACGGGGAGGGCUUUGGGAGCCACGUGGCCUGAGAGCCAGAAAGGGAGAUGGGACCGGUAUCCUGCUGCCGCCGUUCCCGUGCCCACGGCUGGCGACUGCCACCAGGCCAGCUAAACCCCCGUGCCCUGCGCCUGCUGACUGCUACCAGGCCAGCUAGACCCCGUGCCUGCUGGCUCUCUCUCGUGCUUCAGGAGCCCGGGGAGGCAGCAGUGCUCCAUGCGGCCCCUCUGCACGCUGCAGUUGACGGCGGGCCCCGGGAGCCCCGCUGGUCUCUGUCCACCUCACUUGCUGUGCCAGCGCCCUCUGCCCCCACUCCGUGCCCAGUGAGAACCCUG